AUGGAUCUCCUUCCUCUUCUUGCUUUUGUAUCAAUACCAGCUUGUCUGUUUUUUCUUCUGUGGUACCGUAAAGCGAUUCAAAGCUCUCGAUUUCCACCAACCGCAUAUGCAUGGCAGCUCGUAUGCAACAUGUCCAUGAGUCCCCUAGCCUCAUUAGCCAAUCUAGCGCAAAUUUAUGGCCCCAUUUUCUCUCUAAGGGUUGGAGCAUUGCUCAUCGUUGUUGCUUCAUCACCAGAAACCGCGAAGGAAAUACUUAAAGCUCGCGAUCAUAUAUUUUCUGGAAGGUACAUUCCUUCAUUGUAUUAUAAAAUUAUCCCACACAUGGAGCAAUCUUCGGUAUUGGGAUCCAGAGAAUGCAACGAUGAUUGGAAAUACAUACGGGGUAUGUGUCACAAUUGGCUUUUCUCUAACAAAGCUAUAAAACUACGGAAUGAGAUUAGAGAGAGGAAAAUGAUGGAAAUGGCGGAUUAUCUGCGUGCUAAAGAGGGGAAAAUCAUGACGCUAAGGAAUAUAGUCUUUGCAACUCUUGCUAACUCUAUGAGUAACAUGAUGGUGUCGAGGGACCUAAUUGAUCUUGGACGUGAAUGUGAAGGCCGAAAUCAGAGGUUGAUGGGAUUUAUAGAGGCAAUAAUGCUGGACGUUCUUGGAACUCCAAGCGUGGUUGACUUGUUUCCAACUUUGGAGGGAUUGCUAGGGUUCUGGGAAAGAAGGAAGGCCACUAAGUUACAUCAAGAGUUCAAGUCUCUUUGGGGGAAAGUUAUCGAGGAAAGAAGAGAAGAAAAAUGUGCUGGGAAAGCGCCAUAUCAUGAUUUGCUGGAUGCUUUAAUCGACAAUGGAUUUUGCAACGACAAAAUCUGCGCACUUUUGAUGGUCAAUUUGAUCUCGCCUUCAAUCCAUUUAAAUAUUGAUCCCGCUCGAUUUUUUGCGACCUCGAUGGACGACCACGAUCUUGACCACAUCAUCUCCCCAAAUCGGGCCUGA